UCCGGUAUAGUGACAAACCUUCCAGUAAGAGCAAAGACUGGACAGGAACACAUAGAUGAGCAUAUGUCAAGAGCGUUUAACCAUAUAUUCCUAUUCAAAUAAGUUUAACAUAAUUAUCUUCACAUAGACUUUAGGUAAUGCAUUCGACGCAGUGAUGUGAAGUCCUGUUUCUAUAGGGAUUGAGUGUUUUCAACAUUUGAUGCAACAUGGCAACCUCGCAUGGUAAUCGAUGUCUCCUAAGGACAAUCACGAGAUGUCUUCGGGACAGCCGUCGGCAGCUGAACUUGACGACAGUACGGUCUUUAGGACACUUUUCCAACUCUUCUUCGGGUAAACAGGAACGUGUUGAAACUGUGGAUCCACCGCGGAGUUCAGGGGGCGGCAGUGGCACAUCUCGACUGGCGGUCGCGCUCGGACUGGGACUCGGAGGAGCAGCGGCUUUAUUUUCAUUAAGAGGAGAAGACAAUAAAGAUGCCCUACAGAGGACAGUCGCGGUUAGGAAUUUGCUGAUUGAUAGCAUAUUACCUACUGUCCAGUGUGCUUCUCCAUUUAAACCUGACAGCCCGCGGUACAAGUAUAAUUUCAUCGCGGAUGUGGUGGAGAAGUCCACCCCUGCUGUGGUAUACAUCGAGAUUGUUGGCCGACACCCCUUUUCUGGCCGUGAGGUUCCCAUCUCGAAUGGCUCUGGCUUUAUAGUAAGUAGUGAUGGCCUGAUAGUGACAAAUGCCCAUGUGGUCGCCAACAAGCGUGGUGUUCGUGUCAAACUGACCAAUGGUGAGACUUACAACGCCACAGUCCAGGAUGUGGACCAGGCUGCAGACAUCGCCACCAUCAAAAUCAAUGUUAAGAAUCCUCUACCUACGUUGCGUCUUGGCAAGUCGUCUGAUGUGCGUCAAGGUGAAUUUGUAGUUGCCAUGGGGAGCCCCUUUUCUCUUAAAAACACCAUCACAUCUGGUAUCGUCAGCUCUGCUCAGAGAGGCAGUAAAGAACUGGGUCUCUCCAACUCCAACAUGGACUACAUCCAGACGGACGCUACCAUAGAUUUUGGAAAUUCAGGAGGGCCUCUCAUAAAUCUGGAUGGUGAGGUCAUCGGCAUUAAUACCAUGAAAGUGACAGCAGGGAUUUCCUUCGCUAUUCCCUCAGAUAGAGUCCGUCUCUUCCUUGACCGAUCUGCAGACAAACAGAAGUCUUGGUUUGGAGAAUCGGGAUCGAAAAGGCGUUACAUUGGAGUGAUGAUGCUGACUUUGACCCCCAGUAUAAUCGAAGAGCUAAGGAUGCGAGACCUGUCCUUCCCUGAUGUUUCUCAUGGAGUUCUCAUCCACCGUGUGAUUAUAGGAUCUCCAGCUAAUAGAGCUGGAAUGAAACCAGGAGAUGUUAUUAUUGAGAUCAAUGGGACAAAGGUGAACACGUCGGAGGAGAUAUAUAAUGCUGUGAGGACCAGCGAAAGCUUAAAUGUGGUGGUCCGCCGGGGGGCCGACCUGCUCAUGCUGCACAUGACCCCAGAGUCCACAGAGUAACAUCAAGUAAAGUAUUUAAUAAUAUUAAGAAAUGGUUAGAUGGUGAGUAAUGAGAAGCUUUAUCGUAGUUGCAAAUGUUGGAAGAAAGGAAUAUCGUAAAGGGUUGAAAUGUUUAUUUGUUUAGCAAACGCUGGACAUUCGUGAAGUAAACGUGUUUCUUGAAGCGUAUGAAAUAAUGUGAAUGAUUCAGACUUCUGUAAACUGAAUAAACCUCAGUGUGUCUGCGCAAACUACACUAUCAGUAUUGAUUUUGAAGGAACACCACUGAAUAUUUCGUUUAGGAUUGUCAUGAGGGCAACAAACACUCAACGACCUUAAUAAAUCUGGGUGCUCUUAUUGUGAAAAUGCAGAUGUUUUGUAUUGAAUCUCACAUUCUCAUGUUACGACGUUUGUAUUUUAAUACAUUUUUCAAAUUUCACAAUAAACCAUUGGAAUAUUUAUGGA